AUGCCUUCGGCCACAUUUGUCCUGGAGCACUUGAUGGCGGCACAAACGCGUCUUAACGAGCAAGCCGCAUCGCCAGCAGAGGUCAAAAUCAGCACCACCAGCACCACCACAACCACCGUGGUUAAAGCCACCAAAGCCAAGUCGUACGAGAAGAAACUGCUGCUGGCCCUCAAGAAAAUUGUGCAAUAAUAAACAACACUCUAUUUUACAAACUAUAUAGACAUUUCACCUUAAUCGAGCUGACUAAGAUCAAUAAAAAAAAAAAAACAGAGAAACAAAACAGAAAAACAAAACAAACAGCGGCAACAAAAACAAGAAUUCUAGUUUCUGUGUGUGUGCUUUUUAAGUGUGUUUUGCGAGUGGGCAAGUUGUUACAUAAAAACGUAAAAAAGUAAUAUAAAAAGCCCCCGAACCAAGACGCAUUUUUCCGCAGUGGAAUACUACCGCUUCUGUAUUUUUGUUUUGGUGCGAAAAAAAAAACGAGAGUGAAGAAAAUGCUGUUCAACAAAUGCCUGGAAAAGUUGUCCAGCUCGCUGGGCAAUGUGGUCAAUCACAAGCUGCAAGAGAAACAAGUCUACAACAAUAAUAAUAAUAAUAUAAAUAAUAAUAAUAACAAUAGUAGUAGUAUAAACAACAAUGCGUACAAUAAGCAGCGGAACUUUGAGUACGAGAGGGCCAUUCAGGCGCACUACGGCGGCAAGGGAAGGCGAUCGGAGGAGCGGGAGAGGAGCGGCAAGUUGAGGGCCAGCAAGGGUCAGAAGUCAAAGGUCACGCCACCGGAAGAACCGGAAGUGGAGACGGCCUGCAAGAAGUGCAUGACCCACGACGAGCUGGCCCAGAUCAUCAGGGGCGUCAAUCAGAGCCAAGGCAAUCAGAUUAAUCAAAACAAUCGCCUCCAGCGAAGACGUCGUCCCCUGUCCGCCCAGCCAUCCGCCGCCGCCUCCGCCUCCACGUCCACGGAGUCCCUGCACCGGCUCACCCCCAGCCCCCAGGCCUCCUCCUCCGCACAUGCCUCCUACCCGGCCACGCCCACCUCCUGGUCGGCCACCCCGCCCCAAUUCCCAGCCGCCUUCGGGGGAGCCAGCUGCUCCGGCAGCACCCUCUCUCUGCUGGCCACCAUGCGCGUCCAGCUCCAUGGUUACACAUGGUUUCAUGGCAAUCUUUCCGGCAAGGAAGCGGAAAAAUUGAUCCUGGAGCGAGGCAAGAAUGGUUCGUUUCUCGUCCGUGAAUCUCAGAGCAAGCCUGGCGAUUUCGUCCUCUCCGUGCGGACGGACGACAAAGUAACGCAUGUCAUGAUUCGAUGGCAGGACAAGAAGUACGAUGUCGGCGGCGGCGAAUCGUUUGCCACUCUGUCGGAACUAAUAGAUCACUACAAGCGUAAUCCCAUGGUGGAGACGUGUGGAACGGUGGUGCAUCUGCGGCAACCCUUCAACGCCACCCGAAUCACGGCGGCCGGAAUAAAUGCCCGGGUGGAACAGCUGGUCAAGGGAGGUUUCUGGGAGGAGUUCGAGUCGCUGCAGCAGGACAGUCGGGAUACCUUCUCGCGCAACGAGGGCUACAAGCAGGAGAACCGCCUGAAGAACCGCUACCGGAACAUAUUGCCCUACGACCACACGCGCGUCAAGCUGCUGGACGUGGAGCCCAGCGUGGUUGGGGCCGAGUACAUCAAUGCCAACUACAUACGCCUGCCCACCGACGGCGAUCUGUACAACAUGAGCAGCUCGUCGGAGAGCCUCAAUAGCUCGGUGCCCUCGUGCCCCGCCUGCACGGCGGCCCAGACGCAACGGAACUGCUCCAACUGCCAGCUGCUGAACAAGACCUGCGUCCAGUGCGCCGUGAAGAGCGCCACGCUGCCGUACAACAACUGUGCCACCUGCAGCCGCAAGUCGGACUCGCUGAGCAAGCACAAGCGCAGCGAGUCCUCGGCCUCCUCCUCGCCCUCCUCCGGCUCCUCGGGCUCCUCGGGAUCGUCGGGGGCCAGCGGAGCGGGCAGCGUCAACGGACCCGGCACACCCACCAAUCUCACGGGCGGCACAGCCGGCUGUCUGGCCGGACUGCUCAAGAAGCACUCGAGCGACUCGUCCUCCUACGGAUCGGGAUCCGGAUCCGCAUCCGGCUUCAUGUCGAUGGCCGAACGGGAGCGGGAAAGGGAGCGCGAGAUGUUCAAGACAUACAUCGCCACCCAGGGAUGCCUGCUGUCGCCGCAGGUGAACACGGUGACGGACUUCUGGAACAUGGUGUGGCAGGAGAACACGCGGGUGAUUGUCAUGACCACCAAGGAGUACGAGCGCGGCAAGGAGAAGUGCGCCCGCUACUGGCCGGACGAGGGACGGACGGAGCAGUUCGGUCCGGCGCGGAUACAGUGCGUCUCGGAGAACUCGACGAGUGACUACACGCUGCGCGAGUUCCUCGUCUCGUGGCGGGAUCAGCCGGCGCGCCGGAUCUUCCACUACCACUUCCAGGUGUGGCCCGAUCACGGGGUGCCCGCCGAUCCGGGCUGUGUGCUCAACUUCCUGCAGGACGUCAACACGCGACAGAGUCACCUGGCGCAGGCAGGCGAGAAGCCGGGUCCCAUCUGUGUGCACUGCUCGGCGGGCAUCGGACGCACCGGCACCUUCAUAGUGAUCGACAUGAUCCUCGACCAGAUCGUGCGCAAUGGCUUGGAUACCGAGAUAGACAUUCAGCGCACCAUCCAGAUGGUCCGGUCGCAGCGUUCCGGCCUCGUGCAGACGGAGGCCCAGUACAAGUUCGUCUACUAUGCGGUGCAGCACUACAUCCAGACCCUGAUCGCCCGCAAAAGGGCCGAGGAGCAGAGCCUGCAGGUUGGCCGGGAGUACACCAAUAUAAAGUACACGGGCGAAAUUGGCAACGAUUCACAAAGAUCUCCAUUACCACCAGCAAUUUCUAGCAUAAGUUUAGUACCAAGUAAGACGCCAUUGACGCCGCCGUCGGCGGAUUCGGGCAUGGGGAUGAGCAUGGGCAUGGUCAUGGGCGUCGUGGGCAACAAGCAUGCCUCCAAGCAGCAGCCGCCGUUGCCGGUGGCUAGCUGCAACAACAACAACAAUGGCAGUGGCAGUGGCAAUAGCUGCAGCAACGGCAGCAACAGCAGCAGCAACAACGGCAGCAACAGUAUGAGCAACGGAGGCGGCAGCAGCAACAGCAGCAACGGCAACAUCAAUGCCCUGCUGGGCGGAAUCGGCUUGAAUAUGCGCAAGUCGAACUUUUACAGCGACUCGCUGAAGCAGCAGCAGCAACAGCAGCAGCAACAGCAGCAGAUGCAACAGCAACAGCAACGCGAGGAGCAGGCGACUGCUCCGGCGGGAGCAGGUAAGAUCCAGCAGCAGCCGGCGCCGCCGCUGCGACCGCGUCCCGGCAUACUCAAGUUGCUCACCAGUCCCGUCAUCUUUCAGCAAAAUACAAAAACAUUCCCAAAGACAUGAUCGGCCUGCGAACGCCGAGCCAUGCGCCUGCGUUGCCGCCGCCGCCGACGCCGCCGCGCAAAACAUGACAAAUGAAUUUCUAAGUCGCGACGCCCUUGACACGCCC